AUGCAGGGUCCGGCGAGACCUUGUGCCGGGACCCGAGGGACAACGAUUGUUGUAGAGGAAAUGUUCUACAACAACCCUACGAGGAAACAGGCUCUGAGCAAGGAGAGCAUUGAGCAUGCGAAGGUGCUCGAAGUAAUACAGCGCUAUGCGAUCCACUACCCCAAAGUUGGGUUCAGCUGCAGAAAGAACAGCAGUUCCAUCUCGGAGCUUACGACUGUUGGAGGGGAGGACGUCACAACCCAGGGCGUCAUCUCCACCAUCUAUGGGCAGAAUUUGGCAAGGGAGCUCUUCCCCUUCUCGCUUGCCUCCCAGGACCCCAAGUUUUCCUGUUCUGGCUUUGCAUCAAGCCCGAACUACACAUCUCGGUCCCUGACGCUCAUCCUCUUCAUCAACAACCGGCUGGUGGAAUCAGGGCCCUUGAAGCGGGCCAUUGAGGCCGUCUACCAAAGUGUGCUGCCACGCCAUCAGCACCCUUGGGUCUACUUGGCCCUAGAAGUGAACUCUGCUUCCAUCGAUGUAAACGUCCACCCAACAAAGAUGGAAGUGCAAUUCCUGCACGAGGAGACCAUCUCCCAGAAGUUGCAAGAGACACUGCUCGCACAGCUUCAGAAUAUGGGCGGAUCUAGGACCUUCAUGUCAGCGCUACCUUCACCUGCUAAAGGCACGGCAGCCGUUCCCCCGGAGCGGGAGAGACCGGCUCUUCCGGUACCACCGGCUUUGCGACUUGCACCUCCAGCAGCGACGCGAGCGAGCGCUGCCGCAGCGCUCGCACGCUCAGAGGCUCCAGCAACGGCGUCUGCGGGGCCAGCUGCGCCUGCUGCACCGGUCCUGAAUCCCACACGGGUGCGGACAGACUACCGACAGAUGUCCCUGCAGUCGCUUCUAGAAUCUCAGUCGGCAUCGCAAGCAGCGCAAGCCUCUCAAGUGGCCACGCAGGCUCUUGCUCUGGUGCCCAGUGAGCCGGCAGGGCACGGCACACCCUCUGAGGCGCGCAUGGCCGCCUACGAGGAAGCUCAGCAGCUGACAUCCAUUGAAGAGCUGAGGCAGUCCGUGGCCUCCGUUGCAGACGAGGAGCUGUCAGCCUCGUUGCAGAAGUCCGUCACCUGGCCGAAGCUUCAGGGCAUGCUUUGCGUGCUUUCCUGCUCUUGCCUAGGGCCUUCCCUAUCAAUUGAGGAUGCUUGUGGUGCGAAACUUGCAGAGGGUUUGCAGCACAAGCCCGGUGAGCAGUACUUCUAUAGCUAG